CUGCUUUCUAUCGCUUUCGUCAUCACGCAUUCGUCAUCACAGCUGCCGUUUCAGCCGCCAUCGCAUCACUCCCACUGCUUCCGCACUCGCCUGCUCUCCCGACGACUCUGCCGAUCGAUCAGCUGCGCUCCAGCGCCGUCCCCUUCCAUCCGCCACCCGCUCGGUCCUAGUUCGCCUGAAUCGCCCGCCAUGGAUCCCGCCUUUCAGUCUGAUGUCGAGGCCGACCUCAACUCCUCCUUCAAGGCUGCGGCCCUGGCCCUGACCACGCUCUACAAAGACUCGCUCAAGCACAGCAAAAACUCUUACAACCAGGGCUACUCGCAGUGUCUCCGGGACAUUAUGACGUUUGCAUCGCAGCAAAGCCACCGCCUUCCAAACACCAACACCCACGUCAUCAACGUCGCCGAUCUCGUGGCCUUCAUGACGGCUAGGGACAGCGAGCUGCAGAGCUUGCAUCAGGGCUCUCCUUCGCAGCGCCGCUCGCACCCCGCCCCUCACGUCUCUGGUAACUCGGCCGACACCCUUCCGCCCUCCAGCCUUAGCGCCCCCGUGCCGCCAUCCCAGCCGGCGGCCCAGUCAAUGCCGACCCCCAGCCCGCCGAAACCGUCGCCCGUGGAGCACCACCCUAAUACUUUUUGCCCGCCGUCAACUUCGUUCACCUUCACCAGCACUGUAACGGCCGUCGAUCCCUCCAUCCCAGGCAUCCCACUUAUCCCAAUGACCCAGGCCAUCUUCCAUCCGCCGACACCACCCGUGGGCUCGACCGAAUCCAGCACACAAUCUGUUCUGGGCCACAACCAGAUGAUGGAGCAUGCCAUGGACGAUGGCCAUUCGGACACAGGAUAUCCGCACCAUGGUGAACUCAAACGGCGCUGGAACCCAGAGUUUACUGCCUUUGGCCGCUCGCUGGGCCUGGAUGAGCAAGCAUACAAGACACUCAUUGGAGAUCCGUCACCCAAGCGUCAAAAAUGGCGACGGGACGACCGCAUGUCAGACUGAAUCCGCUUCGGCGCCCGGAAACACCCAGGACGCAUGCGUGGAUCUCAUCCCGCACGCAUGCUCCGAUUCGUUUGGGGGAUGAGCGCAUCAACGA